AACUUUUGCCAAUGAAAAUAUGGUGCCGUCACCAUGGCCACGAAAUUCGGAUUACAAACCAAAACUAAAUCAGAUGACUCAAUUUCAGAUUUAGCAAAUGUUCAUCAAAGGCCUUUCAAGCCUUUGAGCACUGUUAUUAGUGAUGCAGGAAUUUAUGCAUAUUGUGCAAUAUGUGCAAUGUCAUUACAUGAUCUUUAUAAAGAAGAUUCUAACAGAGCUUUUAGGGAGCAAUGCUUAUCAAGAUUGAUAAUUCAUGUUGGUCUUCCGGAGCAGGUAAGAAGUGCUAUGUAUGCAUUCCUUAGUGGAGAAGGGAGUGAGAUAGAGCCUUUGAUUUGUGCUUUAAAGAAAGAACCUGCUUUGAAUGGAAAUUGCUUGAGAAUUCUAGAAGAUCUGAUUCUCUUUGCUGUAGAAGGAGGUGUCUAUGAUGCUCGUAUGAGGAUAUUGAUUCUACAUGUUGCAUUGUUAUUACGAGUUGCCUUACCAUUAGUUGAAAUAUAUGAAGAAUCUGUUGUUGACAUGCUUUCAAGAGAAGUUCAAGAAAUAUCAGAGGAAGAACAGAAAGCAAAUCAAAGGAGAAAGCGAAAUAAGAAAAUUAAGCGGUAUUUAUUAGUAGGAAUGGCAACUAUAGGUGGUGGAGCUGUUUUAGGUUUAACUGGAGGACUAGCUGCUCCAUUCAUGGCUGCCGGUGCAGGAGCAAUCAUAGGUGGAGCAGGUGCUGCUGCAUUAGGUUCUGCUGCUGGUGUUGCAGUUAUUGGCUCUCUGUUUGGUGUAGCUGGAGCUGGAUUGACUGGUUACAAAAUGCAGAAACGUGUUGGUGACAUUGAAGAAUUCGCUUUUGACACAUUAACUGAAGGCAAACAACUGCAUAUCACUUUAGCUAUAUCUGGAUGGUUAUCUGAAGAAGGAAAAGAAGCAUUUCAAGAGCCAUGGUAUAGCCUAAUGCAUUCUAGAGAACAGUACUGUUUAAGAUAUGAAUCUACAUACCUCUUACAGUUAGGACGGGCUAUGGAUUAUUUAUUUAGCUUUGCAUUAACCAUGGCUGCACAAGAAGCUUUGAAAUAUACAAUUUUAUCAGGUCUUAUUGCUGCCAUUACUUGGCCGGCAACUCUGAUCACUGUUGCUGGUGUUAUUGACAAUCCUUGGGGAGUCUGUAUCAGACGAUCUGCCGAAGUUGGACGACAUCUAGCUGAAGUUCUUCUUGAAAGGCAACAUGGCAAAAGACCAGUGACAUUAAUUGGAUUCAGUUUGGGUGCACGUGUCAUAUUCCAUUGUUUAAAAGAAAUGGCAAGAAGAAAAGAUUGUGAAGGCAUAAUUGAAGAUGCCAUAAUGUUAGGUGCCCCAGUAACUGCUCAUCCUCAAAGCUGGCAAGAAUUGGCCAAGGUUGUGAAUGGUCGCAUUGUAAAUGGAUAUUGCAGAGGUGAUUGGUUGCUGAAAUUCUUGUAUAGAACUUCAUCUGUAACUAUGAAAAUAGCUGGCUUGCAAGCAAUUAGAUGGUAUGACCGUAGAAUGUGCAAUGUUGAUUUAAGCAGUGUGGUAUCAGGUCAUAUGGAUUAUGCCAACAAAAUGGAUAUCAUCUUGAAAGCUGUUGGAGUCCGCACAACAGAUGAAGUAAUCGAUGAAUUCAAAUUGAGAAAAUCUCGUUCUGAUCUACCCCAUUCUGAUCAAAGAACAUCAGCUUCACGCCAAAGAUAUAGACAGCGAUCGAAAUCGGAUAGUGCCAUUAAUUUUGUAUGUGAUGCUCCACCUGUUCCAUGUUGCACUGUGAGCAGAGAUCGGUCCCAAUCUCUUGAUAGUGCAUUGAGUCGAUCUAGCACAAAUUCCAUGAUGUUAAAUCCAUCUGGUCUAAAGACACCAGAUUCCAGAUUAUCGCCAUCAUUAUUUUCCAAGCCAAGUUCCAGAGAAUUCACUACUCUUCAAGAAGAUACUCCACAAGAUCUUGAUUUAGUUGUUCCUGAUGAUUGGGAAUGGAAUGCUUGGGAAGAGAAGUGUAAUUGAGAAAGAAAUUGAUAUUUGAUUAAAGGAAAAAUAACAUUGUAAUUUUUAUUAUUUGAUGGAUUUCUUAAAAUUAAUUUGAUUAAAUUUAGAUUUGGAAUUUUUUAAAUAAGAUUUUAAUGAGCAAUUAUAUUUUGAUAUUUUCUAUGAUGGGUGUUUAGUUGGAAUUGAAUGAAGGGAUUAAAUGUAAAAAACAUGAAUUACAUGAAAUUGCUUUUCCAAGGACCAUAUUAUUAUUUAUUAUUUUUCAUUUAACAUACUUAAUUUUGUAAUCUCUAAAAUUCUACUGCACUUUAAGAUGUUAACAUUUUUGGAUUUAAAUAGUGCUUUUUUUUAUAUUUCUAUAUGUGUGUUUUUGAAUUUUUGUUAUUUAAUGAGUUGGCUGUUUCUAGCACUCUUUUUCUCACUACACAUUUAUAUCCGUAUGAAUUGAUAUUUAUUAUGUCUGAAAUUUUGCAUUAAAUGUUUCAAGAAGGCUUUAAGAUUUAUAUUAAUAAUUAUAAACCACAUUAAAGUGCCAACUUAUGAAAAAUUAACUGUUGAUGUAAAUUUGAUGUUGUUUGUUAGUUGGUAUAAUGUUUAUUAAAUCUGAAGUCACUUUGUUGAAAUAUAUCAUUAAUUACAUAAUUAUUAUAAAUCUCUAAAUAUUUGAUGCCUAUAGAAAGGUAUUUCCAACCAUUUUACUAAUGAAUUUAUAGCAUACUAAAUGUCUUUCUAACCAAUUUAAUAAUUAAAUU